CAUACACAUUCUUUUACUAUGGGAUUCUCGAAGCCAGUAGUGGUUAUUGACAAUGGAAGCUUUAAUAUCAAGUCUGGGUUUGCUUGCGACAAUCACCCGGUGUCCAUCUUUAGAAACACAGUGGGGAGGCCGAAGUACCUCAAUGGGAGUUAUGGCAAGACUCCUUACGAGGUUUAUAUAGGAGAUGCAGCUGUUGAAAGGUCGGAUGAAUUGGACUUGAAUUAUCCUGUAUGCAGGGGGAAGAUUGUCCACUGGGAUAAUAUGGAGCGAGUGUGGCACCAUGUGUUCUACAGAGAGUUGAAGGCAGCUCCCGAAGAUCGAGCUGUACUGUUAUCAUGUGCUCCAACAACCACCAUGAAAGACAAAGUAAAGUGCUGCGAGAUUUUCUUCGAAACUCUAAACUCCCCGGGGUUGUGCGUGAAACCACAAAGCGUGUUGUCACUGUUCGGCUCAGGAUACACCACAGGCAUGUCGGUAGAUAUGGGGCACGACAUCACGGAAAUAAGUCCAGUGUAUGAAGGAGGUUCCAUCGAGUACGCCAAGAUGGAAACCAACAUGUCAGGACAUCAUCUUAGUGAAUAUAUAAAAGAGAGCCUUCUGCGAAGAGAGUUAAAUGUUGACUGGAACAUUGACCAAGUAGUUCAAGAGUUGAAAAACAAGUAUGUGUAUGUGACUAAAAACUCCGCUGUAACGAGACAGCAGUACAUGAAGACGUACAAGCUGCCGAGCGGCGAAGAAAUAGACGUCAGCGAGGAGGUAUUUAUGGCUGGAGAGCUAUAUUUCCAACCAGAGUUGGUGCUACACAACAAGGUGAACUGUCUGUCUUUACCAGACGCCAUUUUGACUUCGAGCUUGAAAUGUGAUUCUGAUCUGCAACCUGAAUUGUUUGAUGCUAUCGUUGUACAUGGAGGUAUGAGAAUUCCAGGUAUCUACAAGCGGUUGUCUCGGGACCUUAAAUUAUUACUGAAUAGACCUGUGAAUAUUAUACAAUCUACUGAAGCAUAUGCAGUGGCUUGGAUGGGGGGAGCAGUAUUUGCAGGAUCAAGGGAAUCGCAAAGAGUAUGGGUCAGUCAGAAACAGUUUGAAGAACAGGGAGAAAGAAUUGUAAGGAAUAGGUUCUGA